AUGGGGAAGGGAUUGUUUUCGCUAACAGCUACAUCGCGUGUCACUCGUGUGCCUUCCCGACCCGAUAUCUAUCACCCCCUUACUCCCGGGCACUUUCUCAUUUUUAGGCCGCUCACGUCGCUGCCGGCUCCGCCACUGCAAGACCGGAACCCAAACCGCCUGGACCGCUACCUGAGGCUAGAGCAGCUGCGGCAACACUUCUGGAAGCGCUGGUCGGCCGAGUACGUGUCCCUACAGCAACAGCGAUACAAGUGGCGCGAGAGGCAACGCGAUCUACAGCUUGGAGAGCUCGUACUAGUCAAGGAGGAAGGCUUGCCGCCUUUGCUAUGGCGCAUGGGCAGAGUCGUCAAGCUGUAUAAUGGAAAGGAUGGCGUGCCGCGCGUAGCAGACAUCAAUACAGCUAGGGGAAUAGUCAAGCGAGCACUCAACCGAAUAUGCCCGCUGCCUGUCCAACAGGGAGAGUCCUGAAAGAGAGUCUUUCAGCGCCCCGGAGUAUGUUAGCGCUGUGGCAACACCGCU